CCUCGGUGGCUGUGGGGUGUAGAGCCGCCUGCGCAUGUCAGGACCGACAGCGCACACGGUCGGGGGCCCUGGAGAAGGGUAGCGGGUCUCCCGCCGCCCAGGGUCCGCGCCCGGCACGAUCCAGGGCGCGCUUCGGAAGGGGCCACCUCCCUUCACCCCCACCCCACCUCUGAGGGCGCCGGCGAACAGCAGCUGCCACCUCCUCCCGGUCCUCCCAGCCUCCCCGGAGAGCAAGGGCGGGUGUGGGGGGCACGGAGGAGGGACGGAUUUUGCAGCUCAGACGGCCUGGUGGCUGCGGGUGCGGGGCACGCCCAGCUGGAAAGGCGGGUCCGCGCGGAUGAAGCUGGAGAUCCCGGUCUUGGCGGAUCCUGGUCCGAGCGUAGCUGCUCCGCAGGGAGGUGAGAGGUGGCUCGGCGGGGUCCCCUCGGACAGCGCGGCCGCCUAGAGCCAGCGCGCGGCUCUCAUCCGAGCUGCGCGUUCUCCCAGGAGCGGACCCGCACGCGGCGCGGCGGCCGGAAGCCAAGUCCGGGCGCGCGGGAGGCGCUGUCCGUGGUGCUGGGCGCGCUCCCCGCCACGCGCUCGGCGGGCGCGCGGAGCCGGACCCCCAGCCUGGAGUCGAGGCGGCUGCGAGGCCAGUUCCAGCGGAAACCCCGGCCCCGCAGUCGCGCUGGGCCUCCGGUCGCGGACGCCUGGACUCUUUCAGCGAGAAAGUCGCCCCCUUGGGGCAGUUCGUCCCAAAGGGUUUCCUCGAAAGUGUCUGCGAGGGCGCAGUUGUGGAGGGAGUCGCUGUUUAGCCCUGGAGGCGACCACCUAAGAAGAUGCCUGCCUUCCGCGGAGCGCUCCCCCUGGCUUCCUUCCUACUCGUCUUCUGGGGCGUCUGCUCCCCCGUGUGCGUGGAGGUGCCCUCGGAGACGGAGGCCGUCCAGGGCAACGCCAUGAAGCUGCGCUGCAUCUCCUGCAUGAAGAGGGAGGAGGUGGAGGCCACCACGGUGGUGGAGUGGUUCUACAGGCCCGAGGGCGGUAAAGAUUUCCUUAUCUAUGAGUAUCGCAACGGCCACCAGGAGGUGGAGAGCCCCUUCCAGGGGCGCCUGCAGUGGGACGGCAGCAAGGACCUGCAGGACGUGUCCAUCACGGUGCUCAACGUCACCCUCAACGACUCUGGGCUCUACACCUGCAACGUGUCCCGGGAGUUUGAGUUCGAGGCGCACCGCCCCUUCGUGAAGACCACGCGGCUGAUCCCCCUCCGGGUCACCGAGGAGGCCGGAGAGGACUUCACCUCCGUCGUCUCGGAAAUCAUGAUGUACAUCCUCCUGGUCUUCCUCACCUUGUGGCUGCUCAUUGAGAUGAUCUACUGCUACCGGAAGGUCUCCAAGGCUGAAGAGGCCGCCCAGGAGAGCGCGUCCGACUACCUGGCCAUCCCAUCGGAGAACAAGGAGAGCUCGGUGGUGCCCGUGGAGGAAUAGAAGGGGUGCGGCUCGAGGUGACGUACAGGAAGCAGGAGGGAAGGUGGAUAAGGAUGGCGAUUGUACAGCGACUUUAAACUUGGGCCCUUGGCUUACUUUGUACCCUACCCGAGUCCGCCCUCAGGAUACUGCUCUAAGUUGGUGCCCGACUCACAGAGCUCUGUGUGGUGUCAAGCCCUUCAGAAGGGAAUUGCUUUGGCUGAGUGUUGGGGCAGCUGGAACUCCUUCCCCGUAGCGACGCAGGCAGAGUCGUUCUCCCACUCCCUCCUUGUAAGGAUGUGCGUCUGGUCAGAGCCUGUGCUGCUGGACGGGGCCUCCUCAGUGAGAUGUGCUGCCAGUGACAGGUGACCUGAACACAGGGACUGGGCGCCCAGCUUCAGUGAUGUCACCGCACCAGGAGGUGCCCCAGAGGCCACACCGACCCCUCCCCUCUGGCCUCCUAACUCCAUCCGACCUCUACGCACCACCAGACUCUGCCCGAGCUGAGGAGCAACCUCUCCACAGAGGCCACCGCACCCCGCCUGGCGUUUGGGCAGCAGCAGCCGCGCCCACUGGACUGCUCCCCGGGCGCCGAGCGGCUGUGAACAGCCUGGAGGCAGCACAGCCCCUGCCCGCCACGGGAACUGGCUCGUGCCCACUGACUGCUCCGCGUGAAGGGCUGUCUUCGUGGACGGGAGCCAGGUGGCCAGCUGCGGAAAGCAAGAGUGUCAUGGGGAGGAAUUUCUUGAAGCCGGUGUUUCCGAGGCCUCGACCCCCUUGACCAGAGCGCCAGAGCCAAGCACGCUUUCCGGGUUCUCCGGCGACGGGAGUUCCUGCGUGAGGACGAAGAUGUUCCCUGGGGCUCGGUUCUCCAGGACUAGAACCCAGGUCUCUAAGGCCCCGCUGGUCUCAGUCCUUCCAGAAGCCAAGCACCAGGGACUUGGGAGAGACUCAGCAAUUUAAAUGGCUUUUCAAAGUCACACAACAUGGUCACGAUCCUAUGGACACGUAUGCCCUCCGCCUCGCACUGCCACGUCAUCCCGACCCCCCGCCCCUCCCGCCCCCACAACCCCUCCGCCCCACGCCCAGCGAGCACACACCGGAGACAGCUGGAAAGCAUCGUUUUCCUGUGGGCAUCGGAACUGAAACCCCUCAGUCAGUCCUUCCUCUCCAAACGCCCGUGGACCAGCAUUCCUCACACUGUGGGGGCAGCUGACACUCAGGCAGGGCUCAGCUCAGCCUGACUGCAGAGGACUCCCUGGAGGGGGUGUCACCUUAGGCACCGCCCAGGUUCAGCUUCCCAAGAUGGGCACUUUUGUCCUGGAGAAGACUUUGAAACUGUGGUUGGUUAUGACCAUGUUUCUCUCACAAGCUCGGACUGGGCGGGCUGCCUGGCGGGGUUAGCUCUGAUCUGGCGGCUGGAAGUCAGGGAGAAGGCAGACAGGCAGGAAGAGACAUGAGGCAUUUCCUCCCUGGAAGGGUGUGUGGACCUGAGCAUCGUGCAGCAGAAUGGCUCGGGGUGACACCUAAGAAACAUGGACCAUCGGCCGAUGAGAGAAGGGACGGGCAGGAGGGCGGCUCGCUUCUCCCAACAGUUCACCUGGGAAUUAUAAUGUCCAGGCUUCCCCCUAGCUUUUGGGAGAGCAGGUGAACACUGGCUACAUUUUAGUCAAAAUCUCAUGUUUCAUUUCAAUGGAGGGAUUGGUCCAUGUGUGAAGUCCUUCAGCACCCGGUGAGGAGAGGGAGGGUGUUUGUGAAGUAGAAGAUGAACGGGGCUGGGACUGGAUGGAUGAGUGGCUCUUGGGUCCAGAGGAGUUUAUGGGAAAGAUCAGACUCCAUUGGCUUUGGGCCUCACCGGACAAAUGCCUUUUUUUCAUUUCUUCCAUCCCCGGGGAAGCGCUGAACCUAAGUCCUUGUUCACAUCUUGAAGAAAAUACUUCUAAUAAAUUCCAGGCGCUUCUCCCUGGCAGUUCCCCA